CUAAUUCUCCCACACACUUCACUACUCCGAACUAAUCUUUUGAUUUCCUCUGAAAAGUCUGAUCUGAACCACCAAAAGCUUAAUCAGUGCCAUCCAUGGCUUCCGUCUCUGUAACAAAUAUUAACAGCGGUGCUUGUUCUGUAUCUGGUUCUGCUCCAAUUAGUGCUCCACCGCCUUUUUACUUCGACGAAAAAUGGAAGCUCUCCAAGAAAGAAAGCUUGUCCAGAAGCCGAUCUUCAUCUUCAUGUCCACUUGUCAAGAAUUCCAAUUCUUCUCAUAGAAGAUGCUCUUUUACCAGGAAGUGUGCUCGCUUAGUCAAGGAACAAAGGGCUCGUUUCUACAUUAUGAGGCGAUGCGUUACCAUGCUUAUUUGCUGGAGAGAUUACAGCGAUUCCUGAACAAUUUUCCCAACAAAACGAGCGACAAACCAUAAAAGAAUGUCCUCUUUUUUUUUUUUUUUUUUUUUUUCCAUGUGAGAUCUUUUUGGGGGUUUUGCUUAAGAACCCAGUUCUUUUUUUAGCUUUCUUUUUUUCUCGUUGUCUAAAUGAGGAAAAUCAUGAAGUAGUAGGAGGAAGAGAUAUUUAUACUUGUAUAUAAAAAUAUUUUUCAUUUCUUUUUAAUUUCUAUCAAGCUUUAGAAUUUUUUUUUUAUCUGGGUGAAUGAUGUUAUUUUUCUGUUAAAUUUAAUAUGAGACUAGUGUUUAGAAUCCCAAAAUAUUUUAAUGGCAAUAGAUAUGGAAAUUUAUGUAGAUAUUAUCACUCAUUUUCUGAUCUCUGCUUUUUUUUUUUCUUUCCUUUACUGUAAUCUUGAUCGUGAUUGAAGUGGGGUGUUUUUUUUUCAUUUAAGUUUGAAUAAAUUCUGAAGUAAGAAGAGAAAAAAAAUGAUUCCAUCUCAGGCUUUCAGCCAUUGUUGGUUGCAGAGCUCUGAUGGGAAAUUGUGGAUCUGGUGAGUUUGGAUAGCUGACGUAGAUUUUCAUUUCUUUAAUUGCUUUUCUUUUCAGUAUUUUAUUUUAUUAAUUUCGAUAAUGGUUGUUUGUUUACGAUUAAUUAAUUAAUUAACUUAUUUAUAUAAAAAGAAUAGUCUAAGUCUCAGUAGAAGAUGGCUCAACGUGGAGAGAGAGGGGGCCUAGGCUCUGUCGUAUUUAAUUUAUUUUGUUGUUCUUUAAUAAAUAUUAAAUUUAAUGUAAAAAAUUUCACGUUAAGGAGAAAAAAAAAACAAAAUUGGAGAGAGCAAAAGGACGAAAGGACCCCACGAAUUCCACAUGAAUGCUGUCACUUCUUCUACUACUACUACUAUUCUAGGGUAAUUGGGGCUCUGGCUCCAAUGUCUCUCUCUUGUAAUCCAAAUGACCAUUUUGUCCUGCAUUGUGUACUCUUUGACCAUGUUAGGACCACUUUGACCUCUUAUCCAGUUGCAGGGUACUAUUGAACUUUCUCAAUCUUUUUAAUGUUUGAUCAAAAAAACAAAUCAUUUGAUUCUAAAAUCAUGUGAAAGGGCAAUUUCGUCACGGUAAUUUUACAGCUUGUUUCUGCUCAUAAUUUAAAACUGUGGGCUCGUGGUGUAUAGCGUCGUCGUGUAUCUGACAAUACGAACAUAAUAAAAAAUAAAUAAA